GCUGAUUUAAGCGGUCUUACAAGCGAACCGGUGACAGUGAGCGAUGUUAGAUUGAAUAUCGCGAACGUUUCAGUUUCCGAAGGUGGAUGAGAAGCAGCUGCCACCAGUGGUAUUCUUAUCAUUUGAAUAAUUGAUACUCAUGAGGCAACGUUCAUCGCAAAUCAUCCAUUCAUGUUCUAUAUUGCGGAUAACAAUAGCAAAGCCAUCAUCUUUAACGAUCGGGCGGCAACAAGCACAUGAACUGGGCGAUUAUCUUCGUAGACGGUAUUUAAAACUUCUCACAAAUAACGGAUCAUAUCACAGAAAUACAAUUUAUGUCCAGAGCUCAGAUUUUGAUAGAACCUUGAUGACUGGAGCUCAUGUAUUAGCUGGUAUGUUUCCACCGAAGGACCAUCAAAUUUGGAAUGAAUCACUGUUGUGGCAAGCCAUCCCCAUUCAUACGCUCCCACUAGUUCAAGACGGAAUUAUAGCAACAAGGAGACCAUGUCCCAAAUACGCUAAGGCUUUUGAUGAAUACGAAGAAUCAGAUGAAAUACAAUCGAUAAUAAAAAGCAAUCAAGCAUUGUUUGAUUACUUGGAAACGAAUGUUGGUCAGAAGGUCAAAACGAUUUUUAAAGUUAAAACCAUAUAUCAAGCGUUGAGGUUGGAAAGUUUGAAAAAUUUUCCGCUGCCAGAUUGGACAUCGAAAGUAUUUUAUCCGGACAGUGAUAUGAAUAAAUUGGCCAAUUUUUCUAUCAAAAUGGAAGCAAACACCAACACAUUGGCACGCUUGAAAUCUGGAUUCUUUCUACGAGAAAUGCUCGACCGUUUUACACAAAAGAUGAAUAAUUCCCUAACACCAAAUCGAAAUUUGUGGAUAUACAGUGGUCAUGACAGCACCAUUGCUAACCUAUUAAAUGCGUUAGGCCUUUUCGAGAAACCACACAUUCCAAUUUAUGCAUCGUGCA